CUAUAUAAUUGCAGGACUCAGAAAUCACAGGGUUGUGAUCACUCAGCACUCCACUCCCCCCCACCCCCCCUGUUGUCCUCCUGAUCAUGACACAUCUGAGUAAAAUCAGAAGGGACGUUCUGACCAAAAGGAGGGUGAGAGGCAAUUGCCCAAGUUAUCAGGAGGGGGGAGAGAGUUGGGGCUUGAGAACAUUAGGGCACAUGUGGAUGCCUUCCCCUGGAAUGUCCUCCUCUCCUGGAUUAAAAGGAGUUAGGGAUGGAAAAAUUUAAGCUGUUCAAAUCUGGACCUAGUUUCCCUCUAGAACCAUAUGGGUCAUUUGCAAAUCUUAAAAACCAUAGGCAUAAGGCUGUAUUCCUGAGGGCCUGUGCAGCUGAGCUAGAAACGGAAUCUAGAACCCAGUGUAUUCUUUCUAUGCCCAGGACUGUCUUUUCUCCUCCCCCAUAGCUGGUAGGAAGAAAGUGGGAUUUUAGGUGUGGUUUGGAGACUUAGCUAGACUCAUGAUCUGUCACAUGCCUGGAUGUUCGGGAAGCGUUUGGAGAAGCUCAUGUGACUGGACCCGGUGCAGGGAUUUUAAUAAUUGAGACAGAUAAUGUUCAUCAGGCAUCCCACCAUCUGGGAAUUUUAACCACGAAGAGUCACAUGUGAGCCCAUCAGUGCUUAUGGCAUCGAUUCAGUGCUGUCAUAAAAAACCAGGACUGCUGCUUUUGGUUACUUGAGAACUGAUUUCAUCCAGACUUUCUGAUGGGACGUACCCUUCGUCAACAAAACUAUCAGGCUAUUCCCCUGCUUGGAAGCAAUGACAACUUUUAGCCAUUAACAAAAUACAAAUAAGUUUGGAGCCUGUGGCUUCCCUCACAUUACUCCUUUCCAGCCUUUUGUGUUUAUUCCUUCAUCAUUGGGAUAAGGAUUAGACACAAUUUUGAAAAAUGAGGCUUCAAAGUUGGGGAGGUGGGCAGUAACAAGGAAAUGAUAUUAAAGAGAAGGAGGAUGGGGAGAGAGAAGUGCUGUGUCCUUCCCUUUACCCACCAAGGAGAAGGUAAGCCCCAACUUGAGUAAUGCAUAUUGAGGUCUUGUCUGAAGCUAAAUAAAGACAGUCACGUGGAACUAAAGACAUAGCAAAUCUCCACUCAUACGCAAAUCCACUCCUGCCUUCCCUCUUUGCUAACCCCUCUUCUCUGAGUGUUUCUAUCCCCGCCUCCCUCCCCUAUCCAAAUUUUCCAGCAGCAGACUGCUGGAACUGACUUCCGCAAUCCUGAUGGAAUAAAUCUAGCCCCCUGUAAGUAACUCGCCCACAUUAUCCACACGUCCCUGCCGAAACCAGCCCAGAGAACAGAUCCCCAUCAGCAGGUAAUAUUUUCAGUUUCUGAAAUCUUUCAGCUUCUCAUUCUUCCUAGCUUUCAAUUUUUAGUAUUUGGGACUUGGGGACCAAAACGGACUUUUUCUGCUGAGGGAAAACAGUGCCUCAGGCCGUUUCUUGGCUAAAAUCUGCCUGGAAACAUUCAGUAUUUCUUCUAUGAUUUAUAUGCAUGGAUGCAUGGUUGUGAGUUAAAGCAAAGGAUAAAGAAAAUCCACCCAUUCCUCAAGAAUGGCCUUUAUAGUUUUCUGCUCUGGCCAAAAGGGACCAAAAGAGUUAACUCACUAGUGGGGAAGAGGGGGCACAGGAAGCUUGGUGGCUCAGUGCUUCCUACUCUGACAUAUGAGAGCCCCUAACAGUCCAGCUGUCAGAUGUCCUGCUGGACUGAGUUCGCAAAGAUAACUCAAAAGUAGACUAUAAAUUCAGAAAGUAUGCAAACUGUGAGACUUGAUACAGAUUGUAAAUUUUUCUUAAAAUGGAGGCUAUGUAAGAAAGCCACUGCAAGAGUGAAGCAAGAAUAAACUGAAGAGCUGUUAAUUUAGUGAUCCUAAAAUAAUGCUUUUCAACCUUAUAAUUUUUUUUUUUUUUACACAUCUUGGUUCUUAGGAUUUUUGUCCUGUGAGGCAACUGCAGUUUUUUUUUGUUGGAAAAAAGAAAGGAAACCUUCCCUGCCCACAGCAGCUGGUUGAGAUUAGGGCAGCUUCCUGCCUAAGGAGGAGGGGGAAGAGAAAAGAGGAAGAAAUACAUAAGGAGAGUGAGGAGACAAUAAACAUCUCAUAGAGAACAGGAAAUACUGUCAACCUUUCCCUUGACCUCUCCUGGCAAGAUCUGGAGAAGUAACCUAACAAAUUCAGAAUUUAGGCAACGAAGAGAAGAAUGAAUGCCUUAAAGAAAUGGUCAGGAAGCAAAACUUAACCGAAAUCUGUCUUCUAGGUGUUCUCUAGCUCCACUUCUCCCAUCUGGCCCUUACCCUGUUCAUACCCUCCAAGCCUGCUGGGGACAUUGGAGGAGACAGAUGCCAAGACCAUUCUGAUCAUCCAGUUUCUGUCCCCUUUCUGGUGUCCGUGCAAGUGUGUGUUGGUUGAGCCUCCUUAGGUCAAAAUACUUGGAACUAGAUGUGCCAGUACCCAAUCCAAACCCAGGCCCUUUUGUUUCAUGUGAAAAUCAUCCUCAAUUCUGUCUACCUUCCUCAUCAAGUCUAGUUUUUCCCUUCCUUGUCGGGAGAAAAGUGUUCUUCAGGUUCAUGAACCCCCUUGAAUUAUUGUGUACAGUUUUCUUAUGAAAGGGAAAUUUUUAUUGACUUCUUAAAGGAGUCUGUGGCUCCCAAAAGGUUCAUAGUCACCUGACUGGGAGUGUGGCUUCAGCUAUUGCCUUAUCCUAAAACAAGCUGUGAAUCCCUUCCCCUCAUUAUCCCCUUCCCCCAGGAUGUGGGGGCUCAAGGUUCUACUGCUGCCCGUGGUGAGCUUUGCUCUGUAUCCUGAGGAGAUACUGGACACCCAGUGGGAGCUAUGGAAAAAGACCUACGGGAAGCAGUAUAAUAGCAAGGUGGAUGAAAUCUCUCGGCGUUUAAUUUGGGAAAAAAACUUGAAGUAUAUUUCCAUCCACAACCUUGAGGCCUCUCUCGGUGCUCACACAUAUGAACUGGCCAUGAACCACUUGGGGGACAUGACCAGUGAAGAGGUGGUUCAGAAGAUGACAGGACUGAAAGUACCCCCCUCUGAUUCCCGCAAUAAUGACACCCUCUAUAUCCCAGACUGGGAGGGCAGAGCCCCAGACUCCAUUGAUUAUCGAAAAAAGGGAUAUGUUACUCCUGUCAAAAACCAGGGUCAGUGUGGUUCCUGUUGGGCUUUUAGCUCUGUGGGUGCCCUGGAAGGUCAACUCAAGAAGAAAACUGGAAAACUCUUAAAUCUGAGUCCCCAGAACCUGGUGGAUUGUGUGUCUGAGAAUGAUGGCUGCGGAGGGGGCUAUAUGACCAAUGCCUUUCAGUAUGUGCAGAAGAACCGGGGCAUUGACUCUGAAGAUGCCUACCCAUAUGUGGGACAGGAUGAAAGUUGUAUGUACAAUCCAACAGGCAAGGCAGCUAAAUGCAGAGGGUAUAGAGAGAUCCCUGUGGGGAAUGAGAAAGCCCUGAAGAGGGCUGUGGCCCGAGUAGGACCCGUCUCUGUGGCCAUUGAUGCAAGCCUGACCUCCUUCCAGUUUUACAGCAAAGGUGUAUAUUACGAUGAAAGCUGCAAUAGCGAUAAUCUGAACCACGCGGUUUUGGCAGUGGGAUAUGGGAUCCAGAAGGGAAACAAGCACUGGAUAAUUAAAAACAGAUUCCAUCCAGCCCGUGGGCUCAGCUCAGAUACCACCUGUUGCAUCAAGCCUUUUAUGCCCUUGACCAGAAGCAGUCUCUCCCACCUUUGAGACCUAUAGCAUUAUACCUUCUCUCCAUUUCUUAACUUUAAACUUUUUAAAGGUAAAAAUUGUCUUUUUUGUAUACCAUCAGUACCUGGCACAAUACUCAGUGUUUUCA